UGAAGUUUGGGGGGUUGUGCAGGGACCCAUGUGGAGGGCACUAACGAUUUUUAAAAACUUUUUUGGUGACUGUGUCAGGACUGCAUGACCCGAGGAGAUUUAAGUCACCACCGGCAGUCUGUCUAUGCUGCUGCAAGUCAAAAUGGCAGAGUGAAGAUGGGGGACUGGAACUUCCUUGGGGGGAUUUUGGAGGAGGUGCAUAUCCAUUCCACUAUGGUAGGCAAGAUCUGGCUCACCAUCCUGUUCAUCUUCCGUAUGCUGGUCCUUGGGGUGGCGGCUGAGGAUGUGUGGAAUGACGAGCAGGUUGACUUCAUAUGCAACACUGAGCAGCCCGGGUGCAGAAACGUGUGCUACGACCUUGCUUUCCCGAUCUCCCUCAUUCGCUACUGGGUGUUGCAGGUUAUUUUUGUGUCUUCUCCCUCGCUGGUUUACAUGGGCCACGCUCUCUACAGGCUGCGGGCGCUGGAGAAGACACGGCAGAAGAAGAAGGCUCUGCUGCGGAAGGAACUGGAGUUGGUCGAUGUGGAGUUGGCAGAAGCCAGGAAGAGGAUUGAGCGUGAAAUGAAGCAGCUUGAUCAGGGGAAGCUUAACAAAGCUCCUCUGAGGGGCUCACUGCUGCGCACCUAUGUGGCUCACAUUUUUACUCGCUCUGUCGUUGAAGUGAUCUUCAUGACAGGCCAGUACUUCCUUUACGGCUUCCACCUGUACCCGCUCUUCAAGUGUGAGCGGGAUCCUUGUCCAAACGCAGUAGACUGUUAUGUUUCCAGACCAACAGAGAAAAGUGUCUUUAUGGUGUUCAUGCAAUGCAUUGCUGCGAUUUCCCUCUUCCUAAACAUCCUGGAGAUCAUGCAUCUAGGUUACAAGAAGAUUAAAAAGGGCAUCUUGGACUUCUCCCCUCACUUGAGAGACGAGAGAGACGAACUUGACGACUACUAUGCCAACAAGUACAAGAAAGAAUCUGUUGUACAAAUGUGCGGCGGUGCAACCCGAAAGGCAACGAUUGCCUCUGCACCCAGUGAUUACAACCUCUUGAUGGAAAGGGCGCAGGGCACAAUUAUGUACCCAAACCUUAUCAAACCUGCAACCUUUCUACCUCUUCAGGGCGAACUGGCCACUCAGCAGGAUCUGGAUGAUUCCAGAUGUUCAGCUCGAAGCCCCCCGGACUGCAACUGCCCCGCGACUACCAACGAGCCCUGCUCUCCGUGCUGCAAGUCCCUGAUUAAUCCAAAGCAGGAGACUGAGGACUUCUUGCAUCCUCCCGCACACAGUAAGGAGGAUGAUAGCAGUGAGAGAGGGAGCCCAGACUCUCCAAAAGGCCCACAGAAGGCAGCUCACACUUCCUCCUACCCCACGCUGCCGGUUAGUGCGACGAGGAGGCUGUGGAGGGCUAACAGCUCUCUCAAAUGCUCCACAGUGUUGGAGGGUAAAAGCUCUGACACUGACUCAUAUGAGGGUGCAAAAGGCAGCAGUGGACCUCCCGCCACUCGAACACAGACAAAAUCAGAUGACAAACAUCAAAGCCGGCCGUCCACCCCAGAGUCACUGGAUGACUCCAGCUCAGGAUCCAGACCCAACUCCAGACCACCUUCCUCCAACUGCAAAACAUCAAUGGCAAGCAAUGCAAGCAGCAGACGGGCGCCGGACCUGCAUGUCUAAACUUCAAAUGUGUUUUAAUUUGCAUUAUUGAUGCUCAGCCAUACAUAGUUACAGGUUUCUACACUUAACUCAUGGAUUUAACUGCACUCUAAGCUGCUUUCAAACUGGUGAGACUUUGCUAAUAUUUCUGUUCGGUCUGCGUUUUUGUUCCAUUUUAACACAUUUAUUAAGUAAUGUGGCAUGCUUUAGAAACUCACUGCAGUUCAACUAAUUCAGUUGACGUUUAAAAUUGCUUUUGGUGACAUAUAACAAUAAAACAACAACAGAGGACUUGUACUAUAUGUUUUAUAUAUUUUUUCCAAUAAACAUUUGAUUUUUAUUGUGACUAACUACAUGUAUUGCUACCAAAUAGCAUUUAAAAAAGUAUUUAAGCAUAGUUAAUAUUUGAGCUAACAGGUUGCAGGGUUGUAGUAAAGUCCAAUUUAAUUUCACUAUAAAGAGAAGUGUCAGUACAUUUUGGCUGCUAAAUUCAAGCUAAUUUGCUCUAUAUGGCUGUCUGCACAUUUACUUCUGGUAACUGUGACACUUAUACAAGUCACACAAUUGGUACUAGUUGUAGCACGGCACACAUGUAGGCUUAUGAAAAGCUUUUGCAAACUCUUCCAUAGCAAUGUUUACAUUUGUACCAGAUGCUAAAGAAAAGAACAUCCAGAUAUUUUGAGGUUUGCGCUUUCAUUACAUGUUUUAGGGAAUUAGCAGAAGGGUUUGAGUCACCUCGGAAAUGGAGAAGAGAUAUAAAAUGUGGUAAUAUUAGUUCUGUUUUAAUCCACAAUGAGGAAAAAAGCGGUUCUGUCUCAGUAUUGCCAUUAAUAUAAAAAAUACUCCUGAGCAUAUCAAUAAGCAGCUAACACAGCAGCACCGUCCUCACCAACAAGAAUGCUGUUGGAUUACUAUCCUGCUUAAUAGUUUUGACUUUGUCCCUGACGAGACAAAAAAAAAUAAAAAAUAAAAUCUGACUGAACCUGGAAGAAAACCAGAUGUGCUGUGCUGCCCAGUGUUUUCAUUUGUCUCUGUAUUACCUGGUUUGUUUGCUGGGGGAGCACAGGCAGUUAUGCAAUAUUGACAUACACAGCUGUAACUGACCACACUAACAAAAUCCUCUGAUAUUCCAAUAAAAGGCCCGAUUGGUAGAUCGCCAUUUAGAAAUGAAU